GCCUCAAGCGCCUCGCGCCUCACUGCUACAAUCAUUGUGAGAUACUUAUAUACUCAGGAUUGAUGCGGCUCUGCGCACCCAAAGAGGUGUACAACCCAGGUGUUUUUUUAUCUCGUUACCAUAGCCCGUAUGUCUCGUGUAUAUAAAGUCACCAAAGGGAUCAAGAAUCCUGGAACUAUGAGUUCUCGUCCAGGAUAGACCUUCCUCCUCAGACGCGUCGAUUGCGUAGGUAUAAUCAGUUCAGCGAAAAUGAGACAUCCUUCCCUAUCCGCAGCUCGUACUAUGAACUUGCCAUACCAGGACCACUCAGACUCAAAGCUCAAAGGAUAUGAACACACGUACGAUAUAGGAGCGCGGAUCUGGAGGGAUAAGGACCUCUCCGUAUACGUAGCUCACUAUCAGAAAGACUAUUUUGAGGCACAAGCAUUUGAGAAAUACCGUCUACCUCCGAAAGUUUAUCUCGCGCGGAAAAGAAGGAUCCAGCGGCUGAAAAGAUCAAUUAACUUUGUAGAGGAGAUCGAAUCGGACGAGAGCAAGUUUAUUAUCUCUCGUAUACCAGUGGACGGCAUUGAAAGACACGGGAGAGGCCAGUCAGCGGUGAGAGAGACAGGAACUAAUCAUGACCUCUCAGCUGAGAACUACCCCCCUCUGUGUACCCCACCAGUUAGCCAUCGGAUGUGUCCAGAUGGUAUGCAUCCGCAAUUUGCGGAGGCUGUUUCAUCCCAUCCGACUCGAGAGACAGAGAUGGGGGGUAAAGAUCAUCAGCAGACUCCACGCCGACGGGCUUCUGUGUCUUGAUAAUAGCUGGAUACCUUUUUAUGAUGAUUGGUAUGCGAUUUUACGAUAGUAUGGUCUAGUAAUUUUAGCAUCAUAUCAAGGGUGGACAGCAUCUGUGUGUGUACUCUGCUUUAUUGAAUGCUCAGCUGAGAGUUAGAGCGCCACCGGAGGUUCGCACAUUACGUACAUGCACUACG